AUUUUAAGUAUUUUAUUCUUGAUACUUAAGGGAUUUUUAAAAUUUAUUUUGAAACAGCUUCUUGUGACAAUAGCAUUUAACCAGCCAGUCAAGCUUUAUUCAAUGAGACUUCAAGCCCCUGACAAUGGCAGAGGUCCCAAGUUUGUAAAAAUAUUCACCAAUUUGCCACGUUCCUUUGAUUUUGAUGAUGCUGAAAGAAGUGAACCAACCCAGACCCUGGAGUUAACAUCAGAAGAUCUCCAAGAGGAUGGAGUUGUGCCAUUGCGCUAUGUCAAAUUUCAGAAUGUUAAUAGUGUAACACUUUUUAUCAAAUCAAAUCAGGGUGAUGAGGACACCACAAGAAUUAACUAUCUUGCAUUUAUUGGAACCCCUGUGCAAACAACAAAUAUGUUGGAUUUCAGACGGAUUGCUGGAAAGAAAGGAGAAAGCCACUAACUGAAUGAAGGAAAGACUGCAUUGUUGAUUGUGUGCUAAUUAGACCACACUGGGCCAAUACUGUUUUCUGGAUUCUUGCAAUAUCAUCAAUACCGUGACUCUUGAUUUGGUCCCCUAAAGUCUCUCGCUUCCAGACUUCCAAGCAAAUCAUUGUUCAGUUCAAAAUAUUUUGUGGAUUAUUCUUGAUUGUGAUGAACUGGUUUAAUUAUUUUCUGCACAUUGAAAAUUAGUCAUUCUGGAAGUCCUCUUGGGAUGCACCUGAAAGUUAAAAUUGUGCAAUUAACCUUGCUGUAAAACUAGCCAACCUAAAUGUGGUGAUACUUUCCAGAUCUUCAUGGAUUCCGAUGGUAAGCUGGUAGCUGUUUCCUUUAAAUUGAAGAGCUAUAAACAUGACUGCGUUGGCUGUCUGUUAACUCUAAUGCUAAUAGUCUUGGAUAAUUAAAAUAAUGUUUACCUA